GCCCCACACACAUUAAAAGCAGACUCUGGCCGUUGAAGAUAAUACUACAUGCCUUUCCUUCCUCUCUCUACACCACACCAAUCCUCUUUCUCCACUAUGAUCCCUCACCGACGUCGAGAAUUCCAAGCUAGAAACCAAUUCACAUUCUCCAAUCCUAUCCACAAGGCGAGCAAUGAUCUGAAUUCUUUGGAUGGAGUUGAGUAUGGAACAUGGGCUGAGAGAAUCAAAGGAAAUUAUGGAUCCUUUGGCAAAUCAGAUGAUCAUAAGUUCGGCGCAUGGCAACGAAGAACUCGCUCGAAUCAUCAUGGCAACCAAGUUGAUGGGGAUGAAUUCAGAUGGCUGGCAAAAGAUGAGGAUGAUGACUCAGAUGUUCCAUCACCACAGUUGUGGAAGAAGCCAGGAUCUUCCAUGACAGAACAAGCUCAGGCCAUUGCCAGAUACCGGCAGGAGAUGCUCGACAUGGUCCGGGAUAUGCCGGAGGCAGAGUAUGAGCUCUCUUUAAGAGAUCUUGUGGAAUCACCAAGGAUUGCAAAGCCUGUCCAGAAAUCUUUAGCAGAAGCUGGAGAAUUUUCGAAGGAGAAGACGAAGAAGGGAAGAAGAAGGAUGUCGAGGAGUGAGAGUAUUGACCCUGAAAGCCUCCUUCUAAAGAUGUUUUUUCCAAAUUCUCUGACUGGGAGGAGGAAGAGCUUUGCAGGCUCUGGUGCACGUGCAAAGGUUUCACCAAAGCCCAGGUUGGCAGAAGGGGAGAAAGGUGGUCUCGAGCCGAGUACCGAUCGAGAUUGGUGGAAAAAGAACACAUUAGGUGAGAAGGGAAGCAGCAGCAGCAGCAGCAGUAGCAGCUCCAAUAGCAGUAGCAGAAGCAGUAGCAGGAAAAUGAAUGGCUGCUAUUCCUUCUUCUACGCAAAUAAAAACAAAGCAGGGAAAACUGAGGACGACUCUCUUCUGUAAAGGAACCCAUACAAAUGUACCUGUGAUAGCCCUUGUCUUAAUUCUUGGAUUGUUUAAUAACAUGAUCAGCCAAUGUUCUGAAAAUUGCCAGAGGCUGUUGGGCAUUAUGGUUGGAAAAGACUGUAAAAAUAUUUUCAGAAAAUCAGAGUUCAACCAAUAUUGUUUCUGAAUCCAUCUGCUUCCCCCUUGGAGAUUGGACAAAAUUGGUUUCUUUAUCUGGUUCACAUCUUCACUGUAGUCCUGAGACUUGGAGGAGAAGCGCCCUUCUGCUCUCACCUUUUUUUUGCUCCUUUUGUGUCUCCUACUUGUUGCCACCUUCUUCCUUUCUUUUGUCACUCUUUUCUUCCUCGUCUUUGCUUGUUCUCUUUCUCCUGUAUUGUCUUAAUGAAAGUGAUUAGGCUUUUGUCUUAUCUUUUCAGAAAAAGAAAAAUUAUGUUGUGGAA